GGGAGCUCUGCCCCGACAGCUCCGCUUGUAGCCCGGCGCGUGUGGGGCCGCUGCUGUCUCCGCCCUCUCGGGAGGAGGCGAAAACUGGAGCGGUUCUCCCCCCACCUCAGCCGCUGAAGGCUGCCCCCUUGCGGGGCUUGGUGUCAGGGGUGUGCUCGGCGCGGUAUAAGCUGAAGAGUCCCAGUCCCACGGAAUUUGCGUUCGGAAAGGCAGCUGUAGCUGAGACAAGGCGCAGAGGGAACGGUUUAGUGGGGGGGGAGGGGUUGAGUGGGUGUUGGGGGUGCGUGGAGAAGGCGUUUGAGUCAUGUGGGUUAGUGCUGGUGGACUUCACAGAAAGAGCAAGCCUUUUAAGAGGCUUUUGGAUGAAGAAGGGUUAGGGGCUGCGAGGAAAUGAGGAGGCCGUUGGAAACUUAAGGGAGGGGCAUUUUGGAAGAAGGCAGGAACAAGAGUGAGAAAAACACAAGGCAUGCUAGUCCUUCCUCUCCUUUUGAGUUUCUUGCUUGGCUGUGAAUUUUUAAUCUGGAUGGGGGUUGCCACCAUAUCAGCAUUGGUGGUGGUGGUUUUGAGUGGAACCGGUUUUAUAAUUUGUGGGGAAUUUCCGGUUUCCAUCCAAUUUGUAAGGGAGCCUGAAAUUUAACAUAGGCAUUGGAGUUAUCAUUGCCAUAAUGAGACCUGAUCAGAUAAAAGGGAGAUGAGGUGGUAGACAGCUGGCCCCAAAUAACUUCCUGACCCCAACAAUCCUGAAAACAAAUAACACACAAGACCAGUUACCAGCUGAGAUUUUUUUUUUUUUCUUGGCUGAGAAGUUUUUAGCACUACUUGUAGAAUGGUUGCUUUUGGAUUCUCCAUCACAGAUUCGGUGACUCAAAUCUUAAUUUCUUCUCUGCACACUUAAUAAUUUGAAGACUUUGGUUGAAAAGUCCACAUACUUCAGACUGGGGUAUUUUGAUAGCAGUGGUUCAAUCACUUAGUGCAGAAGUGCAGUGAAUUUAUAUUGUGGAAGAAAGGGAGUUCUGUAAAAAUAGGGAACAAGCAAUUUUGGUAGUUGUAGCAGAAUUUUCUUCUCUUCCUUGGUUCUGAGCUCGUGGACUCAAGCAGAGCAGUAAUAUUUCCUCUAUGUGCAGUACAAUAUUAAGAUGGAGGAUUAUGAGGAGUUCUGUGAAAAGCAUCUUGCCAGGAUCCAAGGAGAGUCGAUUCAAAGGGAAACCUCUUCAUCUGCUCAGAAGAAUAUCUCACUUAUUCAAUUCUAUGGCAUUCCUGUGCUUUCACCUCUGCUGAGUCUUGAGAGAAAAAAGGAAAUGCAUCAGGAUAAACAAAAAGCAAUUGAUGUAGAGAUCUGGAAGCAGAAUUCCAGGAAAAGAGCUUUACUGAAUCGUGUUCAGGAGAUCCUGGAAAACGUGCAGGUCAGAAAGGUGUCUGGUAUGAGUGAUUUGGAUCAGUGGGAGCCUGAGAGUGGUCACUCUAAUUCAGAAUCAAAAGCCUCAAAUGGCUUCAAAAUGCUAUCGAAUCUCAAUUUGUUAAGUUCUGUUACAUGCAGUGGUACUACAGACCUUGAAAAAACAUUGGAAAUUGUGCCAGCAGACACUGCUAUCCAGAUUACAUCAAGUGGAAUAGACUCGGUUAGAGGCACAGAAGAACAUAUUCCUCCUGAACAAAGUGAGAGCAACCUCUCAGAAAAUAUUGCUUGCCCGAAGGUUACAUCUCCUGAUAAAACACAAAAUAUGACUACUUCAAAUGCACAUGUAAACCAAGAGCAUACAGAGGUGCCAACAGAUGGUGAGGAAGUACCUGAUCCUUAUGUAAUGAGUCUUCAAAAUCUUCUGAAAAAGUCUAGGGAGUACAUAGAGAGAGAGCAAACCAGACGUAGCUUAAGAAGGAAUUCAAAAAGAAGUAUUAAUGAAAGUCUUUCAGAUAAAGAAAAUGAUGCAGUUAAAACAAAUCUCUCUGGGAAAGAGAGAGCGAGGUUUACAGGCAGGAAUUGUACUCCUCUGACACUUGAUAAACCAAGUCUUAAUAAAUCAAAUAUUCUUCUUCAAGGUGCCUCUACCCAAGUAAAUAGCACGAUUACAUCAGCUUUACCCAGUUUUUCUAAAGUGGAUAUACCUACCAGAGCUGGAACACCCCCAGUUUUGGAUUCGGAUUCAGAUGAAGAAUUUAAAAACACCUCUACCUUUGAUCAUGAUGGUAGUAUUGUCAGAAGCCUUACAGGUUCUUAUGCCAAAUUACCCAGCCCGGAGCCAAGUAUGAGCCCUAAAAUGCACCGAAGACGUCCAAGACCUUCAUCAAUGGGACACAUAGUUAUCAAUAACCCUGUGAAUGCCUAUGAAUUAAGCCCUAUAAACAAGGGAAGAGCAAUUGACUUGAUCAUACAAGAUGUCACUGACCAAACUAAUGCAUCUGAAUCUGUGCCAAAAUUUACUGCUGACUUCACUGCAGUUUGUUCUAGCAAAGCUCAUGUUGUCAACACGAAUUCUUCAGAGACUUCAAAUCACAUGUGUCAGGAUUCCAUUAGUCAACUAGAGAGCAAAGGAAUGAUGAUGUCUUCCAUAAUGGAGGGAAUGCUGGAUGGUAGAAGGCCAUACAAAAUGGACAGUACUACUUGUACUGCAACUCCAAAAUUGCAUGAGUCAUAUGCAGUCAGUCAGUCAAUGGUGACUCAAAAGCUUGUAACUGUGAAUGGAAUCAAGCCAGAUAGUUUGUUAGAAAACACCAAAAGUAAUUCACCCAUGGAACUCAAUAAAUCUUAUGAUGUAGAAAAUCCAUCUCCAUUACUAAUGCAAAGCCAGAAUAAGCAUCAUCAGAUGGAUACUCCAAAUAUUUCUUCUGGAAAUGAACAGUUUGUAGAAAAUGGGUUUGAAAAAGUGAAACGUAGGCUUGAUUUGGAUAUUGAUAGUUCACAGAAAGAGAACAACCCAUAUGUUUUAACAGAUGGAACAGAAGAACAAGAGAAGUGGAGAUUGCAAGACCGAAGAUGCCCCAUAGGAUCUGUUUAUUGUAAGAAGAAUGAAACCUCGGGCAGUAGUACUAACGAAGAAGAGAUUUUGAAAAAUAAACUGUUGGCUUUUGAAGAAAUGAGGAAGAGACUUGAAGAGCAGCAUGCACAACAACUAUCAGUACUGAUAGCUGAACAAGAGAGAGAACAGGAGAAAUUACAGAAGACUUUUAAUCUGCAGGAGAUAGAAGAGCAGGAGAGAAGGUUAAAAGGAAAGAAGAGUGCUACAGCAGACAUAGAAAUACCCAAAAUGACCAUUAGCAGUGGGAUGGAACUGGAAUGGAGAAAAAUAAGUGAAAGUGGCUUGCUGGAAACAAUGCUGACUCAAGUGGAGACAAUCCAGAACACAAACUCGAACAGCACUGGUAAAAGUUUUGCCAACACUACCAUGCCCAGUAGUUUUGGUUCAACAAAUGAAGCUCCAUUCUACCUCUGGGGACCAUCUGGUAGUGGAAUGUCAAAAAUAUCAGCAUCCAGGCUUGUUAGGGCCAAAACCAGGUGGUCUCAGGCCCUCAAUCCAGAGAUGCAAAUGAAGUUCAGUAAGAUCACUGCCUUGGCAAAGGGAUUUCUGACUCGUAGGCUCAUGCAAACGGAAAAAUUGAAAUAUCUUAGGCAAACCGUAAAAGAUACUAUGGAGUUCAUAAAAAUUUUUCAGUCUGAAGCUCCCUUAAAGAGAGGAACUGUUUCGGUGCAAGAUGCAUCCCUACAAGAAAGAGUGAUGGCUCAACUACGAGCUGCGCUGUAUGACGUCCAUGAUAUAUUCUUUAUAAUGGAAGUAUCUGAAAGAAUGCAUAUCCUGCGUCAUGAUCGUGAAGUUCGCAAAGAGAAAAUGCUGAGGCAAAUGGCUAAAAUAAAGACUCCACGAGAGAGAGUGACACUUUCAACAGCUACACAGAAGUCUCUGGAUAGGAAGAAGUACAUGAAGGGCUCAGAAAUGGGAAUGCCAAAUAAAAAAUUAAUCCUAAAACAAAAUACUCCUGAAACAAGAGUACUUCAGCCAAAUCAAGGACAAAAUACUCCAAUUCAUAGGCUUCUUUGCAGGCAAGGAACCCCUAAGACCUCAAUGAAGGGGGUUGAGCAAAAUAGAAAGAAGUCCUCAGAGAGCAGAGUGCCUAACAAGGCAACUUCAGGAGUAUAUGCAGGAAGAAUCCAAAGAAAGAAGCCAAAUGUUGUGACAAUUUAAGACGACAGCACUCACUCGGAUAAAAAAAAAAAGGCUAUUUUAAUGCCAUAGUCUCUUCACCAUUGGUUCAGAUCUUGCAUCUCCUAUAUGUAUGCUUUGAAUUGACAAACGUACAUAUUUAACGUAACAUUUUGCAUAUUUUGAGGACAUACAGUAGAUUUUUAUGGAAUGAUGUUAAAGUAAUGGAGAAGGCUACAAAUAAGUUCAGUUCUUAUACUUAUGAAAACAAAUUGCAUGGUACAAACCUGUCAGGUAUUCAGAUUACUGCAUACAUAUGUUCACAUUCAAAAUGCUUUGCUAUAGAGAAGAAUAUAGUGCAACAUUAUGUUUGUAUCUUUUUGCCAUCUCUCUGACUUAUUCUUAUAUUUAUUGUGCACUUUUUUGUACUCUUGGAAAUAUAUUUACAAUUGCAGUUCAGACAUGGUAGUCUGCAUAACUGAUUUCCUAUAUGUGUACCUAUUUUAGCCUUUUACCCUAAAAUUAGAGAAGUUACACAAAGAAGAGAUAACUUAUUCAACUGUAGCAAUACUGUAUGUUUUUCCUCUGUGUAUUUGUUUGAGAGCAGCAUUGCUGAGUGUAUCAUUACAUAUGAAUGUGCUAACCUGUCAAUUUAAAUACUAAUGACUGAUAAACUCAUUUCUGUUGACUGUGUUUCAGAAAUGGAUCUGAAUUAAUUGCUGGCAUAAAUGUGCCAUUCCAUGUACAUGAAUGAAGUCGCCCCUGUUCACAUGGGUGGUGAAUUUAGGCCACUAUGAUGAAACAUUCCAGGCAAUUUUUCCUCCAUACUGUUUACUGCAUUUUCUAAUUCCAAACUAUAUUUUGAUCAAGAUGAAAUAUAAUUAAGAUGUAGCAAUUCUAUGACGCUGUACAAGAGUUCCAGAAGGAAAGACUUUGUUUGCCGCUUCAGACUUUAAUUGUCCUCAGCAGUCAUACAGGUGACUGUUUCAUACCAUUAUGUGUCUUACUGUUUUAUUUUUGACAUUCCUAGAUCUACUUUAUUGUCUAAACAAAUAACUUGGAACUUUUAAAUAAAAAAUAAUACUGUCAUUAGUAACAGAUCCAAGCACUGAAGCCAUGCUUCGAUGUUCUGAGUCCCUAAAACUUUGCAAGACUUAACCUCCAAAACACAUGCUCCUGUUUGCCCCUGUCUUUUUGGCUAUUUCAGCCAUUAUGAACAUACCUCUUUAAAGAGAGGCUGCUUAGUAAUUUUAAUCUUGAUAAUGAGCUUCUUUGAAACUUUCCUUGGUUUUCAAAUAAAAUAGAGAAAAUCUUUGCCCUGUGUAUAUCCAUCCUUAAAGGCAGGUAUUAUUCAGUCAAUAGCAUACUUCUGUAUCCCCACAGCUUUAAGGGUGGGUAGAGGGGAGGACUGUUUAAACAAAAUUAAGGGUACAUAUUUAAUGAAAAUGUCAUACUUGACCCAAAAUAUUGUCCAUAUUCAUUAAAUAUCUCAAUAUAAAAAUUAAAUAGGUGGAAGGAAAAAUGCCUUAAUACAAAAAUGCAUUUAUGAAUUAAUAGAACUUGUUUGGGGAUGGCCUUAAACCUACAAGUUAUGGGUUCCAUCUAUAAAUCAGUACCUUAUCCUGUAUCUUUUGUUGCAUUAUUAUAAGCAAUGUUACUUAUCAUGCAGUAUUUUAAACUGAGCCAGACAUGUACUUGAAAAAGAGGCAAUACUAAUACGAAGAAAUAUUUAGAGGAUUAACAGACUACUCAGUGGUUGUGUACUGUGGUCUUAUUUGAAAGCUCUUAGAUAGAUCCUCAGCUGGUGUUAAUUUAUACCAGCUGAAGACCUGCACCUAUCUGUUUAAAGGUUAUUGUUCUUUAGUUUCCCAGCAUAAUACAAAGAUUUAUUAUGAUAAUCUGAACUUCUUGGAUUUCUAGUCAUUUUCAAAACCUUAUUUUUGUUCUUAAUUUUUGCAUUACUCUACUAUUAUCAGUCUUUUAGAGGAAAACAUUUCAAGAGUAACAAAGAAUGACAAGUGAAAUGCAUCCUAUUUUAUUAAGAAUUCUAGACUACCUUGCAGGUGGCAACUUUAGACUGGCUUACUUGCUGUUGUAUGUUAGUGCUAAAAAUUGAUUGUAGAUGUUUUCUGUACUUAAUUGGCAUUUGAGGCAAUACGUAAAAGUAGGCUUAGUCUAAAUAUUUAUUUAAAAAUGAAUGUUCAACUUUUGUUGAAGUUUCUUAACUAAACCUUUUUACUUUAAGACUGUUUCAAAGUUUGUGUACUAAAAUAUCAUAGCAAAAAAAUUUAACUUUCAUAAGGCCUUCUUGACAAGUGCCAGAAUUUGUUUUUGUAAUUUGAUACAUUUUUUAUUUAUACAUAUUUAAUUUUCAAUUCACUUUAUUUUUGUGGAACGUAAUGUCAUUAUAAUAUAAAGUGUAUUUAUUUUUUGUACUUUAGUUCAUUUUCACCAGUCUUGCCCCUUUCAUUAAAUAUACUGCAAAAUAAACUUUUUAAUCUUUAAA